AUGCAAUUCACUUCUCUUCUCGUUCUUGCGACCUCCAUGGUUGCAGCUUCCGCUAAAAACAUUCUUCUCACCAACGACGACGGCUGGGCUGCCACCAACAUUAGGGCCUUCUACAGAGACCUCAAGGCAGCUGGCCACAACGUCGUCAUGGUCGCACCUGCUAGACAGUACUCCGGAAACGGAGGCAGAUUCAUCCUCCCACCAAACUCGACCCUCACUUCCGCCGCACUCUUCAACUACCCGCCAGCCGGGUCGCCAGCGUGGGGCCAUGAGGAGGACGACCCGAAUGUGUGGUAUUUCGACGGGUCGCCGGCCGCGUGCGUGGCCCUCGGACUGGACUAUGUGAUUCCAAAGUUCUUCGACAACAUGACCAUUGACAUCGUUCUGGGUGGUCCGAACGAGGGCACCAACCUUGGCGAGAGAGACUACGUUAUUUCGGGAACCAUCGGCUCCGCCUACUACGCCACAGAGCGCGGAUAUCCCGCCAUUGCGUUCUCCGGAGCAAACUCCAACAACUCGUUCUUCAAGGACAACCUGGACGACGACCCGGAGCACGCCCCUAACAUCUACUCCAAGUACGCCCUCGAGGUCGUCGAGACGCUGGCAAAGAGCCAGGACGACAGCGGCCGUCUGCUGCCGGAGGCGUACGGGCUGAACGUCAACUUCCCUCCCGCGGGCUCCGACAUCGACGCCUCGUGCAGAGAGCUCACGUUCAGACACACGCGGUUCACCGGAUCGAAGAGCCUUGCGUACAAAGUGGCGUACAACAGCACGGCAGAGAACAUGGAGCAGAAAACGCUGACCACGCUCGCGGUGCAGAACUGCGCCGCCGGCGACUGCGAGCUGCCAGACGAGUACACCGUCAUCAACAAUGGCAACUGCGAGGGCACGAUCUCCGUGUUUACGCUCGACUUCGACGCGAGCGAGCCAAUCACCGAGCAGACAGUUUCGCUGUUCGAGUCUGUGCUAGGAAAAUAG